AUUCAUCAGUUUUUUUAUUGUUAAAAAAAUAUUCUCGGCAGGCUUAUGGCUAACCGACUAAUUAUAAAGCUCAUUAUAGCGUUGCGUUUCUCGUUGACGCCUCUCUGUGGCUAUUGAACGAAUAAAUAAUAUAAAAAUAAUAGCUGUCUUUCUAAAAAGUAGUAAACUGGUAACCCAGUUAAUCAGCCGUAGUGAGCUCGAUGAGUUGUGUGUACUAUUUUGAUAAAACUGCGUUUUAAAACAAUCCAAUGUCAGUAUGUUCUAAAUUGUGGUGUAGUUUAAGUGUUUAUUGGCCACGAUAGAGUACAAUUGGGCAUUCGCCAUGCCCGUAACACUUAUAGACAGGUUGCCCUUGCCAAAUCUCAAGGUUUAUACAGCGGGAAGUGUUUCACUGCUUUCAAUAGCUGUUUAUUACGCUUUGAGUGUAACUAGUGAUCCAAACUGGCGUGCAAACUCAACGAUAGGCCGGCAGGACUCAUCGGAGUCUGGGCAAGGAGAGCAGCGACCAAUACCGGCCCAGCUUCUGGCCAAUGGCACCAGAAAUGUAUCAGAGCAGUUUGUAGAUGUCAUUACGUUUAUGAUGCAGGAACCACUAUGCAUGUGGACGCUGAUCAACAUAGCGUACUGCUCGCUGGCGGUGUUCGGGUUCGCGGUGCAGCGGCUGGUGUUCGGGCCGCUGCGCGUGGCGGAGGCGCAGCGCGUCAAGGACAAGUUCUGGAACUACGUCUUCUAUAAGUUCAUCUUCGUGUUCGGCGUCAUCAACGUGCAGUACAUGGACGAGGUGCUGCUCUGGUGCUCCUGGUUCACACUCGUCGGCUUCUUGCACCUGCUCGCUCAGUUGUGCAAGGAUAGGUACGAAUAUUUGUCCUCGUCGCCGAACACGGGAGGCUGGGCGCACGUGCGGCUGGCCUGCCUGCUGGCCGGCAUCCUGGCCGCCGCCAGCGCGCUGCUGGCCGCCGCCGCCGCCUGGGGGCUGCCGGCCGGACGGGACACCUUCGCUUUUAUGGCGGCUGAGUGCGUGCUGGUGUUGGUGUGCGCGCUGCACGUGUCGGCGCGCUACGCGCUGCAGCUGGCGCGCGCGGACGCGGCCGGCGCCCUCGCGUACUACACGCAUCUGCUGUUCGACGCGGCGGCGCUGGUGGCGGAGCUGGCGCACGUGGUGCACAUGGUGGCGCACAGCAACAUGCUGGUGUCGAUGGCGUCGCUGGUGCUGCUGCUGCAGCUGCGCCAGCUGCUGGCGGCGCUGCAGGCGCGCCUGCGCCGCCACCGCCUCUACGCCGCGCUGCACUCGCACAUGAGCCGCAAUUAUCCAAUGGCUAGCAAAGAAGAAGUAGAGAAGAACCAGGACAAUUGUGCCAUCUGCUGGGAGCCAAUGAAGGAGGCUCGAAAGCUGCCCUGCUCGCACCUGUUUCACAAUUCGUGCCUGUGCCAGUGGGUGCAGCAAGACGCGUCGUGCCCGACAUGUCGGCGCGCGUUGGCCGCAGGGCCGGCCGCUCCGCGCCCGGACGCCGCGCGCCACCCCAAUCAUCUGUUCCAUUUCGACGGGUCCCGUUACGUGUCCUGGCUGCCGAGCUUCUCAGUGGAGGUGACGCGCGUGCGGCCCGACGCGGGCGGCGCGGCGCUGGACGCGGCCGGCGCGCAGCUGGACGCCGCCGCCGCGCAGCUGCAGCUCAUGUUCCCGCAGCAUUCGCGCGCCGCGCUGGCCGCCGACCUGCAGCGCACGCGCUCCGCCGACCUUACACUUGACAACAUCCUGGAGGGCCGCCUGCCCGCCGCUCCCGCGCCCCGCGCCGCCGCCCCCGCGCCCCGCCCGCCGCCCCCGCCGCCGGAGCGCGCCGACGCGGCCGGCUCGGACGACGCGGGCCGCUUCUCGCGCUGCGCGGCCGAGCGCGAGGCGCAGCUGCGGCGCCGCAAGCAGCAGCUGCUGGAGGCGGCGCGGCGCCGGUACCUGGCGCGCCUGGCGCCGCGCAGCUAA